AUGCAACUUGUUCCCUGCAAGUUGGCUACCGUUUCGAAUCAUCUGAAGAGAUGGAACAAGGAUGUUUUUGGCCAUGUGGAUCAUUUGAAAAGCAACUUAUUCUUCAUGACCCAUCUCCUCUCAGACUCCCCUAACCCGGAUUUUGAUUUGUUGAAGACCCUCUGUAAGCAGGCAGACUGGAUUUUUGCGGCAGAAGAGACGUUCUGGUUGCAAAAGGCUAGACAUCUCUACAUCAAGGACGGUGAUCGUAAUACUAAAUUCUAUCAUACUAUCACUAAAUCAAAUCUUCGGCGGAGGCGAAUUAAUUUUAUUUUUGACUCUGAAGGUGACAAAUUUGACGACCCUAAGGAUAUGGCCAAGGUCUUUGCAACCAACCUUCAUGACUUAUUUACUACAGUUAACCCCCUUGAUCCCACCUUCGUUGAAUGUUUAUUUCCUCCCUUGCCCGACUUGGGCGAUUGUUCUUCACUAGUUUCCUCACCAUCAUUGGAUGAGGUGAAGCAGGUGGUUUUUUCCAUUGGACCCCUUAAGGCACCAGGGAUGGAUGGGUUUAGUGCGAGUUUUUACCAGAAAUGCUAG